AUGAUUUAUGAAGGUAAAUAAUCUAUUUUCAGCCAUUAAGAUUAGUAUGCUCUAAUCAGAUUGGUUAACUCUGAAGAUGAUGCAACCACAAAGAAACAUGAGGAAGGUAAGACUACAUUUACACUAAAAAUGGCAAAGUACUUAUCUACAUCUGGAAUUGGAGAUUAUUUGGAUGGAAUUAACGUCCUCUUGAGUUUUCUAUUAACUGUUUUGCAUCUAAUUGAUUGUUCAUUUUGGGUUUAAGGAGGAACUUACGAUGUUGGAGAAGCUUAAACAUUUAUUACAAUUCCUGAAUUGAUCUGUUACAUAUAUUUCCUCCUUGAUUUUGCAAUUAAUUUCUAUCUAUCAGAAAAUAAAUUGUUCUUCACUUUUUAAACAACAUCACUAAUUGAAUAUGUUUCAAUAUUUCCAUCAUUGCUAGCUAGAUUAAAUAUUAUAACUGGAUACAAGGUGCUGCGUUUCCUACUGUGCUACAAACUGGAUAAGGUUUUAUAGAGGCAGUCAAUGGAAGGUUGGCAUACAAACCCAAUUGUAACUGUUAUGGCAAUAAUAAUGAUCAAUUCAUCAGUCCUGUACGUAGUUGAACAAAAUUACUCAAUAGUUGAAUAUAUCUACUUUAUGGUUGUGACAAUAUCAACAGUUGGAUUCGGUGAUGUAUACCCAACAACAAUCUAUGGUAGAUUUUCAAUUAUAAUUGCAAUUCUGAUAAUGUUUCUGGUCUUACCACCUCAAGUUGAAAUGUUGUCCAGAGUAUACAGUUUACGAAGUUAAUAUGCUAGAAAUAAAUACAUAUCAAAAAAAGAAUCAGAACAUGUUCUAUUACUUGGAUCUUCUUAAGUUGAAGGCUUUAAGACAUUUUUGAAUGAACUUUAUCAUACUGAUCAUGGAAUGAAUGACACUAAUACUGUCAUACUCUAACCUUCAGCACCUACUGAAGAAAUGACUCUAUAAUUGAAACAACCAGCUUUAUAAUCUAGAGUAAUCUACUUAGAAGGACAUCCACUAUAAAAUAAAGAUCUAGAAAGGUGUAGUUCUAAGGACUGCAAUUGCGUUAUUGUCUUAGCAAAUAAAACAAGUAGAACACCAAAACGAGAUGAUUAUCGUAAUAUUAUUCAUGCAUUUGCUGUGAAAUAAUUUGCAAAAAAGUAGAAAUCCAAAAAAGGUGCACGAGUAUGCUUGUAAGUAUUGCAACCUUCAAGUAAGGAUUUAUAUUUUAACUCUCUUGGUGGCCAUGAAGCUGAUUAAGUCAUAUGUGUAGAUGAACUUAAACUGUAUCUUUUAGGGAAAACGUGUUUAUGUCCUGGAAUAAAUACACUUAUUUCAUUUCUAAUUCAAUCAUCAAAGCCAACCUAUGAUAUUACAAAGUAUGACAAGAAUAAGAGUGAAUGGAUAGAUGACUAUUUAUGCGGAAUGCAAAAUGAAAUCUAUCGAGUUCCAUUAGAGUCGGAAGCAUUUGUUGGCCUGACAUUUAGUUAGAUUUCUUAAGCAAUAUAUAAAGAGCUAAAUAUUAUACUAUUCGCUCUAGAAGUAGAAUUAGAAUCAGGCGCAAGUGUAUUUGUCAACCCAGCUGAAUAUCUAUUUGAAGAUUACUUGCAUUACGGUUAUGUGAUAGCCAACGAAAUGCCUAACAUUGAUUAGAUAUAAUAGACCAAAUUCCCUGAAUACAUUUAAAGGAACUACUGCUUUCCAAAUCAACAGAGAUAAUAAACUAAUAAAAAUGCACUCUAACAAGAAGCUGAAUACUUAAAGGAACUACUUAGUGAGGGACUCAAAGAUGAUUCAGCCAAAAAUCCUGCCUAUUAUUAAGUCAAGCCUUAAACCAUCACUACAGGACUUCCUAAAGUUGGGGACCAAGAAAAAUUUGAAAAUCACUUUAUCGUAUGUGGCGUUGUUUCAGAUAUGAAAUAUCUUAUGAUGCCACUCAGAGCCAGGUCCUUAAAAAAUAUCCAACCAAUUGUAAUAUUGAAUUAGGAUUUGAUUCCGACUGAAAUUUAAUUGCAAAUUAAUAAAUUUCCUAAGGUAUACUUUCAACAAGGAUCUCCGCUCAAUACUGAAGAUCUAAAAAAGGCUUGCAUUCAAAAGGCUUCAGCUUUAGUGAUCCUCUAAAAGUCUGCUGAUUUAGAAGAUGGGUUAUCAAAUAUUGUUGAUGCUGAUACAAUCUUCAUAUAUAAGACAGUGAAGUUGCUAAACUAAAACAUAAACAUAAUAACUGAAUUGGCUUCCAUUUCAACUAUUUCUUUCUUAUAGAUCUCAAGAAAUAAUUAUGUUCAGAAAUAUGAUUGGUCUGUGAGUGAACCAUUUGCCUCUGGAGAAAUAUAUAUUUCCACCAUGCUUGAUACUUUAAUAUGCCAAGCCUAUUAUAACCCUUUCAUCACUAGUAUUUUUGAUUAGAUGAUUUUAGGAAGUGCUUCAGUCAAUAAAAAGAAUAAAAAAAUAUAUUAGGCAAACAAGUUACAGCAGAGCAACUUAUUUCUUAUUAAUAUACCACCAAAAUAUUAAGAAAAAACCUUUGGAGAGCUUUUUGAAAUAUUGCUUACUGAGUAAAAGAUGAUUCCAAUUGGACUUUAUAGAGGGGAAAAAGUUAAAAAUAAUAGUAAACCUUAUGUUUUUCUUAAACCUCCUAUGGAUGUGAUAGUAUCAAGCAAGGAUAGAGUGUAUGUUCUAAGUGCAAAACAGCCAAAAGAAUAAGAAACCAUAGUUGACUCUUAAAUCAAUUUAGGAAAUGAAGCUGCCUCCUAAUAUUUUAAUAUCAAAUCUAAACUAUAAGGGGAGGAAGGAAGAGUUGAUGUUGAAUAUUCAAGAGAACUGAUGAAAUUUAACGAGAAAAUGAAGACUUUCGGAACUUAACUAAAAGAUAUCAAUUCAUCAGUCUUUAAUCAAGGAUUGAUUCAACAUGAUUUCAUUGAAAAAGUACGAUCAUUAUUAAAAAAUGAAUUAGCCAGUCUAAAUCCAACAACUUGA